UUUACGGUCACGCGAAAGAGGAAGGACUGGGUGAUCGCUUUCUGAUGACGGCAGGGCGUGAUUCGUCGCUGAUGACGCCAGGCCGGAUAAAAAAUCAAACAAAAAAACUACAUUUAAAAAUUUUAACAACUUAAACGCCAUGGGAAUCUUUAUUUUUUCACUAUACAUUAAUCAAAUAAUCUGUUUACCUAAACCGAAAAGUGGGGCAGGACGAGUUUAUGUAAAGUGUGUAUAAAUACUGCGCAUGUAGAAAACGAACUGAAUUUUUUGUUGUGCAUCCUUUCUGCCUACUUACGCUGCGACUGCUGCAGUAACUUGUACUGAAGACGGUGAGGGAGGGAGGGAGCCAGCGAGCGCGGAAUAGAUAGAGGGUGCAGCGCAGAGAAGGGGAGCCCACUACAGCGAAUGGGGACUGUGGAUUGAGUGCUCCUGCUGGUAGCUAUUGUUCUAUAUCACCGAUUUACUGACUGAAAAUUGGAAUUCUCACACCCAGAGGUUUUAAUGCCGGUAAAUGUGCACUAUGAUGCUGUAAUCAUGUGUCUUUGAUAUUAGUUGAACAAUUUAAGUGAAUAGCAGUGAACUGAACAAGUGAAACACAAAGGAGAAGACUGCAGAAAACAGAUUCAAAUUCAGAUUAUAUUGCCUAAUCUCCAUCACUGCUGUUAAAAUGGCAAGCAAGAGAAAAUCCACAACACCAUGUAUGGUCCUCCCAAUGCAAACUGAGGAACAGUACCCAGAUCUGGAGAUGGAGGAAGGGCUUGAGGUACAAAAUGAAGUCCCUGUCGAGAAUCCCAUUGCUGUUGCUGCAGAAAGUGUUUCCAGUGAGGAGGACGUCCCUGAAACCGAUAAUCUAUUAGACACAGAUUCCAAAAGGGUUGAAGGAGGCUACGAGUGUAAAUACUGCAGCUUUCAGACGACAGAUCUCAACAUGUUUACAUUUCAUGUUGAUUCUGAGCAUCCAACUGUGGUUUUGAACUCCUCUUAUGUCUGUGUGGAGUGUAACUUUCUGACUAAGAGAUACGAUGCCCUCUCAGACCACAACCUGCGCUACCACAACAAGGAGGACAAUUUCAUGCUGACAAUGGUGAAACGCAACAACCAGACAGUCUUUGAGCAGACGGUCAGUGACCUCACCUUUGACGGCAAUUUUGUGCAGCAGGAGAACGAGGAGAGCGAAGAUGCGAUGGCAGUAGGAAUUCCGUUCAGCAAAACCCCAAUCAUGAAAAUGAAGAAUAAAGCCGAGCCUAAGAGGAUUGUUGUGACACCUAAAGCUGCUGAUGACCUUGAAGUCCACAAAGAAAGUGAAAGUGAGCAAGAGCCUAAAGAGAUGCCGGCUGUCGAUAUGCCAGCUAUCGAUAUACCUGCUGCAGUUAUGCCAGCUCUUGAUACGCCAGCUAUUAUGCCCACUCUUGAUAUGCCAGCUGUUGUUAUGGCAGCUGUCGAUACGCCAGCUGUUGUUAUGGCAGCUGUCGAUACGCCAGCUAUUCUUAAGCCCACUGUCGAUACACCAGCUUUGAAUACACCUAGUCCAGCUGAAAUGCCAGCACUACCGGCUCCAGUGGAACCUGCAAAGCCAAGCAUUGUCAUCAACCCAACGCCACAGAAUUUAAACAAGACAAUAAUCGGUUCUGCCACAGUUCUUCCUGCAGGAUUGGCCCAGGUUCUGUCUGCUCUGCAGAACCAACAAAGCUCUAGAACUCAAGUCCUGAUCCCUGUCAGCAGCAUUCCAACCUACAAUGGCUCUAUGGACAACAACGCUGUGCUGGUUAACACUUACAACAAAUUCCCUUACCCAACACUAUCUGAGAUUGUGGGUCUGUCAUUCCAGACCAAGUACACAGAGGAGCAGAUAAAGAUCUGGUUUUCCGCCCAGCGCCUUAAGCAUGGAGUCAGCUGGACGCCAGAGGAGGUGGAUGAGGCCAGGAGAAAGCAUUUCAAUGGCACAGUGCACACCAUGCCACAGACCAUCACAGUCAUUCCAGCACACCUCUCGGCCGCCAGAAAUGGUCUCCAGCCUAUCCUUCAGACCUGCCAAAUAGUGGGUCAGCCAGGCCUUGUUCUGACACAGGUUGGUGGUGCAAACCCCAUGCCAGUAACCACCCCAAUCACUCUGACAGUCGCUAGUGUCAACAAUCAAGUACAGCUACCAAAACCUGCCACCCAGGUUACCCCAGCCAUUGUGGAAAACAAACGUGCUCCCACUGUCCAACCUCCUCCACUGACUCCUCAGGAAAACUCUGCCCUAAGCCCUGACUUCUUCGGUCUGCGUCCAAAAAAGUCUAAGGAGCAGCUAGCCGAGAUGAAGGCCAGCUACCUGAAGCAACAGCACCCCAGCGACGGGGAAAUCGCCCGGCUCAUGAGAUUGACAAGACUCACAAAGGGGGAGAUUAAGAAGUGGUUCAGCGACACAAGGUACAACCAGCGCAAUUCAAAGAACAACCAUCUUAUUGUCUCCAAUGAACAAAACAACAGCAGCAGCAGCAGCACCACCAUAGUGAUCGACUCAAGUGACGAAACUACAGGUUCUCCCACGUCGGGUCCCGUUAGGGAGCCACGUAAACAGUCUUGGAAUACUUUCCCUGACUUUACCCUACAGAAGUUCAAGGAAAAGACGGCUGAGCAGCUUCAGGUGCUGGAGGAAAGUUUUCAGAAGAGCAACACACCCACAGACGAUGAACUGAAUAGGCUGAGAUCAGAGACCAAGCUAACCAGACGAGAGAUUGAUGCCUGGUUCACGGAAAAGAGAAAGGCACCAGAAUCAGGGGAAACAAAACAUGAAGGGAAGGAGAGUGAAAUGGCCAAAGUUACUGUCGCUAUCAAAACGGAGACACAGACUCCGUCUUCCAGUGGCAAAGCCAAGUCUGGCAGGGACAAGAUUGGCAAGAAGACCCCGGAGCAACUACAUAUCCUGAAGAGUGCAUUUGUGCGUACACAGUGGCCUUCAUCAGAGGAGUAUCAAAAGCUCUCAGAGGAAAGUGGCCUUCCAAGGGCCUACAUUGUCAGUUGGUUUGGGGACACGAGAUAUGCCUGGAAAAAUGGCAACUUGAAGUGGUAUUAUUACUACCAGAGUGGCAACAUCAGCGCUAUUAAUGGGAGUGGAUACAGGAGGAGAGGAAGAGGAAGAUCUAAAGGCAGGGGGCGAGGAAGGCCCAGAGGAAGACCAAGGGCUAUGAAGCGUUCAGCCAGCUGGAGCAGGUCCCCCGCGGUGAUGAAGUUCAAGACGGGAAAAGACAUCCUCAAAGAGUAUUAUUUGAAGCAUUCAUUUCUAAAUGAACAAGACCUGGACGAACUUGUUUCAAAGUCCAACAUGGGCUAUGAGCAGGUCCGGGACUGGUUCGCAGAGAUUCGGAGGCGAGAGGACAUGGGUGCAGAUCUAUUUGAUGACAGUGGGGAAAAUGAGGAGCCAGAGGAGGAAUCGCAGGAAGAAAACCAAGUGGCAGUUGGUGUAGGAGAAAGUCACGGUUCUGGGGGUGGUUUAGAUGACGAUGACGACGAUGAAACAGAUGAUAGUGACACUUGGGAGCCUCCACGACAUGUCAGACGAAGGCUCUCCAGAUCAGAUGAUUAGCAUGUAACCAGAUGCCAGAAUCACCGUGUUUUAUUUAUACUGAAGGACAGACAUGAAGGCUGCUGAUGUUUAUUUACAAAGACCAGACCUUCGAUUAGUUUGGGUAGCAGAGAAUCCCUUUUUUUUUUUUUUUUUUUUAAUGUUCCUUUACAAAUCAAGAGAUGAUCUACAUUGCCAAAGCUACACUGCUGCAGUCGUCUGAGUUUCCUGUGCAGUGUACAGAAUGCUGAAGGGUUUAUUUUGUCAAUAUGAUGAGCGAGUUUAGUCACGGAGCACAAUUUUUCUUUUUUUUUUCUGUUUUUUUCUUAAGAUUUAGUGACCACUAGUUUUUUUUUAUUCUUUUUGUCCAAAAAAAAAAAUAAUAAUAAAUUAGUCGCUUUAAUGCUGUAGGGUGGGUAGGCCAGCCCCCUGCGUUCUCUGUGUGAUUAAGCUUAUAGCUUUGUGUGACCAAAAGUUUUACAAUGUAAACAUUUCUUAAAAUAUUAAACCAAUUUGUGUGCUAUUCCAAAGGCUCUAUAUUAACCCAGUGAGCGAUGUUCACAAUCUUUUUUUAUGUUUAAUGUAUUAAAUACAGUUGACAUGAUACUGUUUUAGGCUGUAAUCUAGAACAGUCUCAUGAUUUAAUUUGUGAAGUUUGUGAAUAAGGCUCAGUCUCUAUUGGAAUAACAUUAUUUUUUUUUUUGCACCAUCUUCUUAUUGGGUGGGGGUUGGUUUCAUUGACUUUAUAAGUGCAUUGUUUUAGACUGUUCAUCAACGUCUUAACACACUUUAAAUCUAAUGUAUUAUUAAUUGAUUGACUUCUCCGACAAGAAUGGCACAAAUAUCAACUAAAUGAAUGUCCUCAAAUAUGGUGUAAUCCAAACAAUUUUUUUGUAAGGAAAAGCUGUAUUUGGGAGAAGGAGACAGCUUUAAACAAUCUAGAACUAAAACAAAAAUAUAGAAAGCUGGUAGAGGAAGUUAAAAAAAAAAAAAGGCUAAUUUAAUUAUUUUGUGAAGUCAAGAGGUACUGCAAGGGGUUAAUAUAGAGCCUUGUAUGUUGCAUGAUGCUGUAAUGCAAUUUGUAGGUUUUUUUAGGUUUAAUACUGGCGGUUCUAAAUGUUGUUGUCUUUUUAAUCCUGCAGGGACGCUAUAGUCUUUGCUUUUUUUCAAUAAAAGUCAAAGUUUUGUA